AUGAAGUAUUUACAAAUGAGCCUCCUUGUGUUAUUUCUCUUAAUUUCUUCUAGUAUUAUAUCAACAACAAACUGUCUAGGGGGAACAAGAAACAUAUCAAAGGAAGAAGCCGAUGAUAUAGAAAUCGAGGGACAACUAAGAAUUUUAAACAAAAAGCCAGUCAAAACCAUCAUAAACGAGAUUGGUGGCGUAAUAGAUUGCAUCGACAUUCAUAAGCAACCAGCAUUUGAUAAUCCAUUGCUCAAGGAUCAUAAAAUUCAGAUGAAUCCAAGCUCAAUUCCAGGAGAGACAAGAACUAAAAAUGUUUUAGCAUCCUCUAUCUUUCAUGGGCUACAGAGGGAACGAUGUCCUUCAGGAACAGUACCUAUACGCAGAACAACUAGAGAAGACUUGGUUAACACUAAAUAUUUCGUAAAGACAGCCGGACUAAAGGGUGCAAACGGAUAUCCUAACACUGUUUACCAUUUCAGUACUUCUCAAAUUUGGAUUGUAAAUUCAUCUCCAGAAGAAACAAAUGGUAUUGAAUUCGGAAUAAUGACUGAUGGGCACAAUCCUACUGGUUGUCACAAUAUGUUGUGCCCUGGAUUCGUUCAAGUCAGUAAGGACGUAUUUUUGAAUAAUCAGUUUACGCACUUGUCAACAUAUGGGGAAAAAGUAUAUGAGGCAUAUCUUGCGGUAUACCGGGCUCAAGAUAGUGGUCACUGGUGGUUAAGAGUCGGACCGAAUGCUGAUGUAACUGAUGAUGUAGGAUACUGGCCAAAUGAACUCUUUACAACUUUAAAAACGAGUGCAGUGUCUGUACGAUAUGGUGGACUUGUAGGUUCACUAUCUCAAGAAUCAAAACCGCCGAUGGGAAAUGGAUAUUUUCCUCAACUUAACGACCAUAGGAAAACAGCUUUCAUGAGACUAUUGAGUUAUGCAAACGAGACCGGAAACCUUGUUGAUGUAGACUCACACUCAGUAAAAACUAUGAUUACUGCGAAACUGGAAUGCUACAGUAUCAUAUAUGCUCGUCAGAUAGAGCGUUGGGAGAACCAUAUGGUGUAUGGUGGACCUGGUGGUAUGUGUCACUAG